ACGUAAGCUAGAGCGCCUUGAACGAUUUUCGAGUUCUCAAGAGAAGGCCACAUUGUUGAUAAAUUCGAUAAGUGAUAGUUUUAUUGUCACCUAGUAUUGAAAGGAAACUCAUUUUUUUAUUAUAAAAAUUCUAUGGAGUCAGUGGCCCAGCAACUUAAAGAGCUGUCGCUUUCAAAAGACGAAACAUUAAAUAGCUCACCGCCUGUAUGUAUUGGACAUGGAAAAGUUGCAGAGUUAGUCGGCAAGAUAAGUCAAAGGCAAAAUGAUUCCGUAUAUAAGAGAUUGGAUACACCUCCUAAGCCGCCGAUAAAAUAUAAGGAAAUGCCUCAGGUUCCAUCAAGCAGACAGGUUUUAUGUUCGCGGGAACCACUUUAUUCACAACCGCUGAUUGGAGUCGAGAAAACAAUAAGUGGGCAUAUGCCUUUUAGAAAAUACCUUAGCUCUGAAUUCGGAGCUGCUGAUACUGAAAUGAACAGAAAAACAACUUUGGAUAAUCCGGCAAUACUGGAACAGCAAUUAGAAGCCCUGGCUUACCACAAACUUCAAAUGGAAAAAAAGGGUCUUUUGGGUCUACAAGCUAAACCAACACAAUCUGUAAACAGCUUUUCAGAGCCUCUUUCAAAGACUUUGAGCAAAAGCUUAAUAUAUUGCAAUUUAGAUUCUGUACACAAAAGUGCAGAAAGAUCAGAACUAUUUACAGAGACAACUAAGAUUACUGCAAGUACAUACGCAAAUGUUCAUGAAGCUGAUAUCAAAGCAGUGGGCUCUUCUCUUAGCUCGACGCAAAAUAUGAUAUCCGUCUGCACUAACUUUAUUUCAGACAACGAAAUAGAUGACUUACCGCCACCACCUAGUCCAGAAAGCGCUGUGAGUUCUUCAUACAGCGAGCUUCGGCGUGCCACUUCGGAAUUUAACAAGCCAAUUGAUUAUUUGCAAAAUGACGAGACAUCGAAUCCUUCUUUACAAAUAUAUGCAAACCAAUAUGCGUUGCAGCAUGAUGCCAUAAGCAAGAGCACUUCUACAUAUGAUUCAAUAUAUGAGCCUAUAAACCCGCGACCGUCUGCAGAUAUGUUGCCUCGUGAAACUUGUAAUCUGUAUAAUUCAUACGUCAGUGAUAGUAUUCCAAGCAUUUCCAAUGAAUUAAAUAUUUUAAAUUCGAUUGAAGCAAACCAAACAGCAUACAUACAUGGUAAUGCUAAAACAAAAUUUUAUAACUUGAACACUGUCCAUAGAAAUGAUAAUGAAGGUCUAAAAAACUUCGUUUCAAUACCCACCGAUCCAGUUCAAGAAUUAGAAAACUACGGUAGGUGUGUCAAAUGCAAUUCACGUGUACUUGGAGAAAGUAGUGGAUGUACAGCAAUGGAUCAAAUAUACCAUAUAACUUGCUUCACAUGUGCAGAUUGUCAAAUUAAUUUGCAGGGAAAACCAUUCUAUGCAUUAGACGGCAAACCGUAUUGCGAAUAUGAUUAUUUACAAACACUGGAAAAAUGCUCUGUUUGUAUGGAACCUAUUUUAGAGAGAAUUCUUAGAGCUACUGGAAAACCAUAUCAUCCGCAAUGUUUUACAUGUGUUGUAUGCGGAAAAAGCUUAGAUGGGCUAUUAUUUACAGUUGAUGCUACUAAUCAAAACUAUUGCAUAACAGAUUUUCAUAAAAAAUUUGCCCCUCGCUGUUGUGUCUGCAAGCAACCAAUUAUGCCAGAUCCAGGACAAGAAGAAACGAUCAGAGUAGUGGCCCUAGAUCGAAGUUUUCACCUAGAAUGUUAUAAGUGUGAGGACUGUGGGCUCUUACUAUCAUCUGAAGCUGAGGGCCGCGGAUGUUAUCCCCUGGAUGAUCACGUUCUAUGUAAAAGCUGUAAUGCACAACGAGUUCAGGCUUUAACGAAGCGCAUGACGUCAGAACAUUGAAUUGAGUGCUCGUUUUAUUUAUUAAACAUUUUCGACAAUAUAUAUUUUAUGGUUUAAAUCGAUCAUAGUCGAACGACUUUAUCAUAAAGCUGCCAUAGAAG